AUGGCCCCCAGGAAGUUCUUCGUGGGCGGGAACUGGAAGAUGAACGGCGACAAGAAGAGCCUCGGGGAGCUCAUCCAGACCCUCAACGGGGCCAAAGUCCCCGCCGACACCGAGGUGGUUUGUGGAGCCCCUUCCAUCUACCUUGACUUCGCCCGCCAGAAGCUCGAUGCCAAGAUCGGGUUGGCUGCCCAGAAUUGUUACAAGCUGCAAAAGGGGGCUUUCACGGGAGAGAUCAGCCCGGCCAUGAUCAAGGAUGUCGGAGUCACCUGGGUGAUCCUGGGACAUUCAGAGAGGAGGCAUGUCUUUGGGGAGUCAGAUGAGCUUAUCGGGCAGAAGGUGGCCCACGCCUUGGCCGAGGGGCUCAGCGUGAUUGCCUGCAUCGGGGAGAAGCUGGACGAGAGAGAAGCGGGCAUCACGGAGAAGGUGGUGUUCCAGCAGACCAAGGUUAUUGCCGAUAACGUCAAAGACUGGAGCAAAGUGGUUCUCGCUUAUGAGCCAGUUUGGGCUAUCGGGACCGGCAAAACGGCUUCUCCCCAACAGGCCCAAGAGGUACAUGAGAAGCUCAGGGGCUGGCUGAAGAGCAACGUGUCCGAGGCCGUGGCACAGUCCACCCGCAUCAUCUACGGAGGUUCGGUCACCGGCGGCACCUGCAAAGAGCUAGCGUCUCAGGGCGACGUGGACGGCUUCCUUGUGGGUGGGGCCUCCCUCAAGCCGGAAUUCGUCGAAAUCAUCAACGCAAAACACUGA